AUGAUCGAUUCUUACAUAAUGAAAUUUUCAAUGAUUAUCUUUGGGUUGAUUUUUGUGGUUGCUGAAAUUGAUGGUCAAAAUACGAUCGAUUGUCCAUGUAUAAAUGGUGUUUGUUCGAUUGUCGAGGAAGAAUCGCGAUCAAAAUGUUUUUGUCACGAUGGUUUUACCGGUGAUGAUUGUUCAAUUAAUUUUGAUGAAUGUUUACCCGGAAGAAAUCCAUGUCAUAAUGAUGCAAUAUGUAUUAACGAUGUACCUGAUGUUCGUUGUAUUUGUCCGGCUGGUAUAUGUGGAAAAUAUUGUGAAAUGGAAAUUGAUGAAUGUCAAUCGAAUCCUUGUCGUAAUGGGGCAACCUGUAUCGAUCAGAUUAAUGGAUUUAAAUGUCUGUGUCCAAAUGGUUAUGAUGGAUUACAAUGUGAAAUCGAUAUCGAUGCUUGUAUGGUUGAUUUAAUCAAUAAUCAUAGUAAUCAAAAUAGUAAUCCACGUUGUCAAAAUAGUGGUACAUGUAAAGAUGGUCCUGGUUUAGAUUAUUAUUGUGUUUGUCAACCUGGUUAUACAGGAAAAUAUUGUGAAAUAGAAAUUAAUCCUUGUGAUUCAUUACCUUGUCUUAAUCGAGGGCAAUGUAAAAAAUCGGGUCAAUCGGAUUUCCGAUGUAAUUGUCCAUAUGGAUACACCGGGAAAAUAUGCGACGAACCAUUGUUGAAAUGUAAUGAUUCAAUGAAUAAAUGUGAAAAUAAUGGCUUAUGUAUGACCAAUGGAAAUCACGAUCAUUUUAUAUGUUUCUGCCAACCAGAUUUUCAUGGACAACGAUGUCAAUUAAAAUAUAAUGAUUGUCAACCAAACGAUUGUCAAAAUGAUGCAAAAUGUUUAGAUCAAAUUAAUGGUUAUCAAUGUCAAUGUCCACGAGGAUUUGCCGGAAAAUUUUGUGAAAUAAAUUGUUCGAAACAAUCAAUAAACGAUACUGUUAUUGAUAAAGAAUUAUGUUCCGUAAAUAAUAUUACUGCCAUUAUUGAACCAUCGAUUAUAUCGAUACCAUCAAUAACGAUACAAUCAACAAAUAUUGUGCCUACAACAAUUCCUGUUUCAACGAUUAAAUCAUCACCAUCAACGAUUAUACCAACCGAAACGACAAAAAUUUUCAUCCAUCCUUCAACAACAACACCUUUACAAUUUCCAUUAAUGAUACCAAGCGAAAUUGAUGUUAAAGAUAUGAAUCAAAUUUUUGCACCAAGUUUUGAUGGAUUCGAAUCGUCGAUUCUUUUCAAAAUCCGACGUAUAAAACGUUCAACAAGUUCAAUACAAAUGGAUAUUAUUAGCCAAAUUGAUGAUGGCGAAGACAAUGAUGAUUCAACAGCCACCACAAUUCUACAUGCCUAUACAAACAAAUAUAAUCUAUUAAUUUAUAUGGAAAACAAACAGAUAAUCAUCGAUUUAAAUGAUAAUGAAAAUCAUAUGGAUUUAAUUCAUUUGGAAAGUGAAUCUUUGAUUGAAAAAUUUCGACCAUAUCAUUUACAUAUUGAUAUUGAAUCAAAAUCGGAAAAAUCUGUUAAUGUUGAACUACGAUUAUAUCGAAUCAACAGUAAAAACAACCCGGACAAUUCGAUGAUGUUGAUCAAUAGUGUUCGACAACAAAAAUUCAAUCUUACGGUUCCUUGUUUUGAAUGGUUUCGUUUCGGUCGACCAUCAUCAUCGGAUAAUUUUCUUAUUGAUUCAUCAUUAAAACCAUUUUAUGGUUGUAUUUAUAAUAUACGAUUAAAUAAUGAAAAAUUAUUUGUUAAAGAUUCAUUUCAAUCAACAAAUAUUACUGAAUGUUUAUCAAAUGUUUGUGAACAAAUGAAUCCAUGCCAGAAUAAUGGUGUUUGUCGACAAUCAUCAUUAAAAUCCUUAUCGAAUGAUAAUAAUGAACCAUUAUGGAAUUGUUCCUGUACGCCCGGGUAUCGUGGUUGGAUUUGUGAAGAAAUUUAUUGUGAUCAAGAUUAUUGUUUUAAUGGUGGAUUAUGUUUACUUGGUAAUCUUGAUGAUAAUCAAGAUAACCAUAAUAAACAUUUAUGCAUUUGUCCACAGGGUUUUCUUGGUUCAAGAUGUGAAUUUAGAAUGAAUCUAACAUUUGCAUCAUUCAAUAUUGGUAUGAAUAAUAAUUCAUUUGUACGUUAUCGUUUGGCUUAUAAUUUACAAGAAUUUUUUGAAAUACGUUUUCGUUUUAUUGCACAACCAAUUGAACAAAAAAAUGGUUUAUUAAUGUUUAUGAGUCAUAUUUCAACCAUCGCAAAUACCGAUAAUAAUAAUUCAAAAAUCCUGUCGUCGUCGAAUAAAGAUAUUUACCAGAAUGAUGAUUUUGUUAGUCUUGUUUAUAUGGAUAAAAUUCUUCAAUUAAAACUGAAUAUUGGACAAGGUGAACGAACAUUAAAAACAUCAACCGAAACAAAUAUGACCGAACAAAUGGUUCUGUUUGGUCAUUAUCGUCAUUUAUUUUGGUUAUUAGUUAUACCAUCCGGUAUGGAUAAUAAUAAUAAAUUACGACCAAAAAUUGGUCAAACAACAUCGAAUACUAUUGCAACAAGUAGUAGUAUGGGUGAUUUGAAUCCAAAAAAUCAAUUAAAUCUUGAUCCAUAUCUUUAUGUUGGUGGUCAUGAUAAUUGGCUUGCACAUUCAGCACUUGAAAAUCUAACCGGAUUUAAAGGAUGCAUCUAUGAUAUUGAAAUACGUAUAUCAAGACAAAAUGAUUUCAUACGUAUCGAUGAAAAUCUAAUCGAUAAUUUAGCCAAUAUUGAUCAAUGUGAUCUAGAAUGUACAUAACUAUCGAUACUAUCGAUAGUUUUUUU